AUGGUGACCCUGCUAGUGAAUUGCAUCAAGUUGGACUUGAACCAGCAGAGCUUGAACAUGCUGACCGUGGCCGCGGUAGGCGGUCAAAUGGUCAUGGCACUUCAAACCCUGAGUUCUGUGAGGCAACUGUCCAUUGAGUGGGUGCACCCCGUGCGCCAAUUGAUCGAGUUCACCAAAAUUCUGACCUUUGUGGGGCAGCUUUUGGUGUGUCCAGUCGGCAUUGCUUGUUUCCUCGUCUUCUUUCUGAUCUCCCAUUGGCGCGGCCGCAGGCUGUCGCUGGAUGCUUUCUUCAACCUCAGUGGCAUCCUGAUCUUCGCGCUCUUCAUCUCUAUUAGUCUGGUGGUGUUGGACCCCUUGCGCUGUCUGAAAAAUCCGGAUGGCUCUAUGUCUAUGGUGUCGAAUCCAGGCAUUCUGUGCUUUGACUCAGGUGAGCAUACGGGCCUCGCUAUCCUGGCAUUCCUAGGGAUUUUGGCAUAUCCCGUGGCGAUCCUGACAUGGGCCACCUACACCACCUUGCGCUACCCUGCGCGUGUGGCGAGUGGCCGGGGCCUGCAGCUGGUGCAGCGCCACCGCUUCCUUUUCCAAAGGUUCAAGACAGAGCGGUAUUACUAUGGAGCCUUGCUGCUAUGGAGGAAUUUGCUGGUGGCCGUUUUCCCCGUGAUCUUUGGCUUCAUCCCCGAGGUCCAGCUGCAGGUCUUGGGCUUGCUAUUGAUUCUUUGCGGUGCUCUUCAAAUUCGCACGUGGCCCUGGCGUACGGAUUUGGCCAACUAUGUUGACCUAGUCAUCGCUUCCAUCCUUCAGGUGGUUUUGUUGGGUGUGGCGCCCAUGGUGAGGAACGAUGAGGCCAAGUCCACCAAGGCCUUGGGAUAUGUCUUGGCCAUCUCAGUGUUGAGUCCAUUGCUGACUGGACUUGCGGCCAUCUUCUACUCGUGCCUACGCCAUUUUCGCCCAGAGAAAUCCUUCGGAAUUUUCCUUUGCCACCACAAGGGGGGCGCAGGAAGCCUGUGUCGAUUACUCAAGUUGGUGGUGGCCAAACACAGCAAAACGGAAGUCUUUUUGGACUCUGAUCAGUUGGAAGAUUUGGAUCUCAUUUUCGAUACCAUCCGCGUCAAGACCAAAAGUGUGGUGGUGGUGCUGACAUCUGACUUACUGAAGCGAAUGUGGUGUGCUGGUGAAAUUGUGACAGCCCACAAGAAUCGCGUGCGCACCGUGCCCUUGAUCUGCGAUGGCUAUGAGCCCUUGAAAUUGACCACGAAGGAUGAGGAGAUCGAAACCUUUUGGACAGUGCAGCAGAAGCAGAUCUUGGCCUAUCAUGGUAUCAGCAUGUCAGAUGUGCACUCCGCUUACCUCUGGCUCCGGGACGCACUUGAGCCGCUUCACUUGGCGCGCUUUGGCACGCCCAGUAAGCGCGAGGAGGUGGUCAUUCAGAUGCUCUCCCGAACGGCGGUAGGGAUGCGACUCUUCCGGCCCUCGGUGGGCAAGAAGUCCAACGUGAAGGUGCGGAUAUUGAUCACUGGCUCAGUGAGCAAUGCAGAGGCAUUGGCCACUUUGGAAGUCUUCCAGCAUUUGGUUACGAAGGCGAUGCAGAAAGAGUGCGCAGUGGUCCGCUCUGCCCGCGAAUUGCUCGCCUACAAACCCUGGGCCUACUACUUUGUAGUCCUCUUUUCUCAGGGCAUUCUGCAAGACCCUGGUUUCGCGGAGACCUUGCUGAGUACCUACGUGGAGGGCGAAGAGCAGGAACGGCAAUUGGAGAUGGUCACGGUGAAUGCUGAUACCUCCUUCGAAUUUCCCAGCCCAGAAUUCCUCACGGAUUUGGAGGAGAAUGGUUUGGGACAUUUGGGUCCUGACCUCGGAGUUCCUUUGUCGCAGGCAUAUCGCGCCCUGCUGAACGUCUUGGCAUUGCCAUUGUCCCCAAUGGGUUCUGAAGGGCUACUGGAGAAGCAAGUCUCGGAAAUUUCUCGCCGCUUCCGGCGCUACAAAAACACGGUCUUUGCAAUGGCAUUGGAUGAUGAGGAUGACAGAAAAACGCCAGGUGAUGGCGUUGACCCAGAGGAAGUCUUGCAACUGUCCGUGGCGGAAAAGGAUGAGACCUUUGACCCACUUCAUGAAAAAGGCCGAGGAAGUUUCAGACGCAUCCGCAAUUCAAUCGUCUGGACGGCUGCGGGUGCCAUGGUCCAGCUGGAAACGGACUUUGAUCCCUCCAGCUGUGGAAUCGGUGCCGGUUCCGUGGAAUCGGUGCCUUCUUUGCCUUCAGAUCAAAGUAAUCUCGAAGAUCUUCCCUGGGUGUCCGUGACCCUGGACGACCAGUGUUUGAUCAGCGAAGGGCUUUGA